AUGUCCUCAAUCCCAAACGAACCCGCCGACCCCUUGGCCAAGGGCAUCAUCGCAACGGCCAAGCAAUCCUGGCGCGACCUCUUCAUCUGGAAGCAGCGCGUGGUCGUGACCAACGAGGUCGGCGAGACGCGGUGCGAGUGGGCGGACCCGGGCCCCAUCCGCAACCCCAUCAGCCUGCUCGCCCAGCUCUCGGGCCGGGACUGGGUCUUCUUCCUCGUCGGCCUCGCGGCCUGGACCGCCGACGCCUUCGACUUCCACGCUCUGUCCAUCCAGACCGUCAAGCUGGCCGACUACUACGGCCGCAGCAAGACCGACAUCUCCACCGCCAUCACCCUGACCCUGCUGCUCCGCUCGGCCGGCGCGGCCAUCUUCGGCCUCGCGGGCGAUAAGUGGGGGCGUAAGUGGCCCAUGGUCCUCAACAUGAUUGUGCUGGGCAUCUUGCAGAUCGCCACUCUCUAUAGCCGCACGUUUUCGCAGUUCUUGGCGGUGCGGAGCCUGUUUGGUCUAUUUAUGGGGGGUGUCUAUGGCAACGCGAUUGCCAUGGCGCUGGAGCACUGCCCGAUUAAUGCCCGUGGCUUGAUGUCGGGAAUUCUGCAGCAGGGCUACUCCCUUGGCUACGUGUUCGCCGCGUGCGCGAACCUCGGCGUCGGCGGCGAGACGGACAGCUGGAAAACCGUCUUCUGGAUUGGCGCCGGCAUCUCCAUCAGCGUCGGUCUUGUCCGCGCUCUGUUUCCAGAGUCGAGACAGUUCCUCGAAGCAAGGGCGCAAGGCAAGAAGGCGACAUCCCCCGGAGCGUUCUGGCGCGACACAAGAAAGAUGCUCGUGACGGAGUGGAAGAUGUGCAUCUACGCCGUCAUCCUCAUGACCUGGUUCAACUACUACUCGCACACCUCCCAGGACUCGUACACGACCUUUAUGCGCACGCAGAAGGAGCUCGACAACACCCCGGCAUCCCGAGCCUCCAUCAUCAUGAAGGUCGGCGCCUGCGUCGGCGGCACCAUCAUCGGCUACCUCAGCCAGUUCCUCGGCCGACGGAGAGCCAUCGUGGGGUCGGCCCUCAUGUCGGGCCUCCUGAUCCCCGCGUGGAUUCUGCCCAGGGGGGAGCGCAGCCUCAGCGCGAGCGGCUUCUUCAUGCAGUUCUUCGUCCAGGGCGCCUGGGGCGUGAUCCCGAUCCACCUGAACGAGCUCUCGCCCGCCGCGUUCCGGUCCAGUUUCCCGGGCGUCACCUACCAGCUGGGCAACAUGAUCUCGUCGCCGUCGGCGCAGAUCGUCAACGCCAUUGCCGAGAAGACGUUCAUCACGCUGGGCAAUGGGAACAGGGUCGAGGCAUAUGGCCCGGUCAUGGGCAUCGCCACGGCGAUUAUUGCGGUGGGAAUCAUGCUCACUACUGUCGUUGGACCGGAACGGUGUGGGAGGAGCUUCGAGCACGCGAUUGCUGGACUUGACACUGGAUCGGAUGAGAAGGUGGCAAAGGACGAGGAAAAUCCAAGCGUUCACGCUGUGGAAACGGCAGACGGGAAAUAA